UUUUGACUUCGAAAUUAUUUGUUUUUUUUUGUUUGAAAACUUUUGAAAGAAAAUGUCUGAACAUCAAUUUAUUGUGUCGUUAUUUGAUAAAAAAUUCGUUCCUGAAGAAAUUAUUGAAAAAUUAGAUUAUAACACGUCUUCAUCCAAUACAACAUCAAAUUCAUUAUUUCCUUCACAAAAAACUAAUAAUUCUCUCAAUAACAAUAUUCUUUUCGUUAAUAAUAAUUUACAACAACAACAUUCUAGGCUAUUAUUGUCUGGUAAACAAUUUUGGCCAACAUCAACACCAAUUAGAGAUGAUGAUUACAUUAUAAUUUCUAAUAAUUCAAAAUUCGGUAGCACAUUUACUUCAAUUAUCCCCGUUAAAAAAUUAUUUUAUAAAAUUUGGAGUAGAAUGAAUCCUAAUGGAAUUUUAAAAAGGAAUUUUUCUUCUAAUAAUUCUUCUUCGUCAUCUACUUCUUCUGAAGAGAUUCAAGAGAAUUACGAAGAUCAAUACAAUGAAUAUCGAAAGAUUUAUAAAAAACCAUGUUGUUCUCCAUCACGAGAAAAAACAUUUCAUAAGAAACAAUCAAACUUAUUAGAAAAGAAAAUUCCAUCUAGUUAUUCUCCCGUCAAGACUUUGAAUUAUUUUUGUUGUGAUGAUAUGUUUAAUAAUCGUAAUCCAAUUUCACCACCAAUAAAUCCUGUAACAAUAUCAAGAAAUCAAACCAUAUCAUAUACAUCGCGUCACAAUUUAAAUCCUUUAUUAACACCAGACGAACGCACUUCUAAACCUUUAAGAUUAAUUCUUUUUAAUAUUCAUACUUAUUGGCAAAAUUGGUCUAUUAAAUACCAAAUUGAAUUACCUAGAAAUAUUUCAUUUCAUAGAUUUAAACGUGUUAUGUCACAAAUGUUACGAAAUGAAAUUCCGAACGAUUUGAUCGUACUUUAUCAUACUGAACGAUACACUGAUGACGAUGUUAUGAUUGGAUUUGAUAGUAACAAUAAAGAAAUCAAUAGGUUCUUAUUAGAUUAUUUAUGUAAAAGUGAUAAAAUUCGUGUAGUUACUCAUGAUGCUGUUUGGUCUACUUAUUUAUUAAUGUGGAAUGAUAACGAAAUUUCUAUUACUCUUUUCUCAAAAUCUCUUAUAGAAAUUAAAUGUAAAUAAUGAAGAUAGAAAUUUCUUAAACAUGUGGGAAUGACAAAUCGAGAUAUUGAACAUUAUAAUAAAUG